AUCUUCAGGCAUCACAGAGUUUUCCACCAGCGCGACAAGAAGAAGAGAGAGAUCAUGGCGGGUGCGGCGAAGGCGUCAUGGACGGUGGCGAUGAGCGUGGGCGCCGUGGAGGCGCUCAAGGACCAGGCCGGGCUCUGCCGCUGGAACUACGCGCUCAAGUCCAUCCACAGGACCGCCAAGGCCAGAGUAAAUGUCCACGGUGGCGCCUCACAGAGCACGAAGCAGCUUCCGGCGUCUGCUGCAGCGGUGGCGGAGAGGCGGCGAGCGGAGAAGGCCGAGGAGGGGCUGAGGACCGUCAUGUACCUCGGUUGCUGGGGUCCCAAUUGUUAGAUGUGUAUAGUCUCUUUCUGGUUUAUCCCCAUUGUAUAAGGGGUUUUCUGCACUUUACCAUACAUGUAUAUGUAUUGGCCUUUGGCCCUCAGUAAAGUUAGUUGCCCAUUCCUAA